AUGAAACCGAAGGCAACAAAGAUCACACGUGAAGACGAUGGUAACAGCAGUGGCGACCGACGACCGGCGAUGGAGGGGCAACGGAGGCUGGAGUCGAUCUUCAACAGGUUGAUCAAUGGGAAGGAUGCGAGAAGAAGGAGAAUGAACGAGAAGAUGGCUGGAGCGGCAGUUAAGCCCAAUGUUGUGUGGGGAAGAGGACGGGAAGAUGUUUUUGAGCCCGAACUCUGCAGAAAAACAAACUGCUGCGAACUUAAAAGUGUUGCGCGUGUACUGCGUCAUGCAGCACUAAAAGACCAAAAAAAACCCAAAAAGAGGCAGCGAACUAGAGGCGUCGAGGGGCGCCGCCGGCAUGCCCAACUGAGCUCAUCAUCCCGAUCGAUCACUUUGCCAAUGCUGUUUUGUGUAGUAUCAAGUUACUGGUUCUCAUAUAAUUGGGUGUCAGAAUUUGGCUUUCAUCAAUUGGGAUUUGAGUGA